GUGUACUCGUAUUUAUCAACCGAUUACUUUGCAGUUAGGAGCCUUGGUGAGGUAUGGAGGACCCUGAUAUACGACAGCAGAAGCUGGAUAAUCAGCGUGCUCUAUUGAUGAAAAAACAGCAAAAGAAAAGAAAUGAUACACAAAUGGUGGUGGCCAAUCGAGAUGCUCGCCAAAAGAAUCGAAAGCACAAAGCUGCCAACUCUGAUGAGACGCCUCUGCUGAUCUGCCAGUCCCUGAGCAGCACCUCCCUGAGUGAUCAAGUUGAACAUGCCCAUGAUAACCCCCUGGAUGAGAUCACACUGGGUGAAGAUGACUUGACAGCAAGUGUGGUGUCAGAUGAAAUGCCUUCAGAAAAGCCUGGUACUCCCAAGAAGAUUAAUUUGGACGUUGACAGAGAGCAUGGGGUGAAAUUUGAAGGGGAGAAUGAAGUCCCGCUGGAAGGGAAACAAACAAAAAAGAAAGAUGUGAAGAAAGAGAAAACCAAACCGGUGGAACAGAUGGAGGAGAAAGAGGAAGAAAAGGACAAAGACCAAGAAAAAAAGGAGAAAAAAACCAAGAAGAAGGACAAAGUGAAGGAAUCUGCAGAGCAGAAGACAAAUAAAACAACCAAACAAGAACGUAAAAAAAAGCAUUUACAGGAGGCUUCGACUCCUGAGAUAGAAUCAAGUCCAAAGAAAAACCACAAUCAAAGUGACAAUGAAGAAGAGAAGGAGCCUAAGGCUUCUCCAUCACCAAUGAAGAAAAAAGCACUAGAUACAUCCAGGUGUCAAAUAAGCGACGAGAGCAAAGACGAGGAAAUCCAGGAUAAAGAGAAAAAAGAGAAAAAAUCAAAGAAAGCAGAAAAAACUGCAAGUUUAGGAUCACUCAACUCCAACUACAGGGAGACUUCAUCAUCAGGCAGUGAACAAAAUGAAAGAUCAGCAUCCCCAAUGUCCUUGGAGGAUCUUGAGAAGUUUGCCUUGCGUCCUGCUCCCAGAGAUGUGACAAUCCAGUGCAGAGUCACCAGGGACAGGAGAGGAAUGGAGAAGGGAAUUUACCCAACUUACUACCUCCACAUGGAGAAAGAGGACGGGAAGAGGGUGUUUCUGAUGGCAGGAAGAAAAAGGAAGAAGUGCAAAACAUCCAACUAUCUCAUCUCCAUUGACCCAACAAAUCUAACGAGAGACACAAAUUCAUACAUUGGAAAACUGAGGUCCAAUGUUUUGGGUACAAAGUUUACAGUCUAUGAUGGAGGUGAAAACCCAGAGAAGAAACCUUUCAUUAAAGAGUGUGAAUCUGUGCGGCAAGAACUGGCAGCCAUCUGCUAUGAGACAAAUGUGCUGGGUUUCAAGGGUCCAAGAAAAAUGACAGUGAUCAUCCCAGGCAUGCUGGAGAACGAUGAAAGAGUGUCCAUCCGUCCUAAAGACGAGGCUGAAACUCUCCUGGCACGCCAUGCAAGUGGCAACACAGACAAGCUGGUCACCCUGGUGAACAAAUCCCCAAGCUGGAAUGAACAGACUCAGUCAUAUGUGCUGAACUUCCAUGGACGUGUCACCCAGGCCUCUGUGAAAAACUUCCAGAUCAUUCACCCUGACAAUGAGGAUUAUAUAGCGAUGCAGUUUGGCCGUGUAGCGGAGGACGUAUUCUCCAUGGAUUACAGUUUUCCAAUGUGUGCCCUGCAAGCCUUUGCCAUCACUCUCUCAUCCUUUGAUGGCAAACUGGCCUGUGAGUGACCUACGCUGGUGUGCCUCAAGUGCUUAACUUCAGUCAGAUCUCUGAUCUAAGUAGGAAUUUACUAUUUAAAUAAUAAUAAAAGAUAUAUACCCAUAUUUUCACUUGGAGUCAUUUUCUUGACAUUUCAUACAUGGUGAAUAUGAAGCCGUGCAUGCCACAAACCCCAGAGGAGACUUGUUUUUAGGUCUUGGAAUGAUUUGCCACCAAUUUUUAUAUUUUAAGUCAAGAAAAAUAAUAAUAGUUAUUUUAAGGAUUUUUGUUCAAAUUUGCCACAUGUA